AUGGAAUAAACAUUAAAUAGACAAAAUAAUCACCAUCAUUAACACCAUAUCAAGAAUGAAAAUAGUCGCAAACAACCUUAUGAUAUCAAUCUUGAAAACAGACAAAUCCUAAUCAAAUAAUUAGGGAAAUAAAGUACACUUGGGGGUAUGAAUGAAGACUUUGUUGGUAGAUUUAAUGAACUCCAAGGUCCUUCUUUUCCUUACCCUUUUAUUGAUUUUGACUCUUACAUUGAUCCUAAUUCUACUUCACUUAACUAGCAUGUGGAGAAAAAAAUCUCUUGGAGUUUCCUUAGUAAAAGCAUUUUAGGUGAUAUAAAUGGUCUACCAAUUAAGGAUAUGGUCUUAAAGAGGCUUUAACUUGAUCAUGGAAUGUAAAAAUUCAUCAGUCUUAUGACAUGGGGAUAAAGAGUGAGGCAUAGAUAUCGAUUAUUCAACAGUGUGAAUCUAAAAGGAAAUAGAAAUUCUGAAAAAGAAUAUGAAAUGAAAUACAGAUUUGAUCACAAAGGUCCUAUCAUUUACAGAGGUAAAUAUUUAUUUGAGCUACAAACAAUUUUUUCAAUCGUGCAAAUAGGUAAUCAACAUAUGUACUUAAUCUCAAAUUUAGUCGAAAGGAUAAAAGUCUUGAAAACAGCCCUUACUAUAAUAGCAAAGUCCAGCGCUUCAGAUGCUAGUUUUAGAAGGAAAUCCCAAUCAAGUUUGGAUGAGAAUAGUCAUAGCAAAAAUGAAAAUUUCGAAUCAAUAGAUAUACAUAUCAAGAAGUAAACUGAACCUCUAUCAGAUGGUAAUGAGCAUGAAAAAAAGAAACCAAGCCUAAAGCGAAGAUCAACUAUUGCAAGAUAGUCAAAAAGAAAGUCAGUAGUCAAAAGCAAAUUCUCUGAUUUGCAGUUAGAUAGGCUAAAUAUCAAACAAGAAUUGAAAUUCGAUAUUUUGGAUAAUGAUCCCAAAUCAAUAGAAGGAGAAAAAUCAAAUAACAAUAACAUGACAUCAAACUAUCCUAAUGAUACGUUUGACUUGAGAUCAAAAGAAUUUGAAGCUAAUUCGCGGAAACCUAGCAAAAAAUCAUUUAAAAAGAACAAAAAUGAUACUUCAAUUAAGUUUGACAUCCCAAAAAAUAUAAACAUCUCCUUCUCCAAUAUAUCUAAGAAGUCUGGUUUUUAUUAAAUAACUAAUCCAUCUUCAAAUGAUAAAAAAUUAAGGCAUUCAAUGAAUCAUAGGCCAAGCAGCUUCUUAUAAAACUCACUUCUUAAAUCUCCAAAGGUUAGUAAAUUUGAAUAACAACAAAAAGAGAGCACCACUUUAGAUUCCUAGAUAGUAGAUGGUGCUAAUGAUAAUGGCAAAAAAUUCUUUGAUUAUUACGAUUAAUUUGUAAAUGAGAGAUUUGACACAAACCAAAGUCAACUUAAAAAAGAGCACCAAAGAAGGAAAUCAAAUUUCAUUUAAAAUUAAUCUUCAGAAUAGCAAACCUAAAUCAACUCAGGACCAUCAUCCCUAUCAAUCAACAAAAAUUAAGACUUGUAGAAAGUCUAUAUUGCACCAUUUAAAUACAAUGUUUGCCCUCAAAGAACUAUUAGAGAAAAAUACAUAGAUGGUCUAAAGUAUUAGAUUUAAAAGGGGAUUAUCAAUUUAAACAACCGAAAUGAUGACUAAUCCUACUACUACAACAUGCAGUGUUAUGAACACAAAGAGACCAUCGACAACUUUGGAAUCUAUAAAGGAAAGAAAAGAUGUGAGAAUCAAAUCAGCUAGUACUAAAAACAAGUUGAAGAACACUAUUAAAAUAAAGAAUUCAGGGGCAUAAACACCAAGUAUAAGACCUCAAAGUGA